AUGGAUCUACUUCUACGAGAGGAGGCCGGCAGGGCCCAAGACAUCUCGGAAAUCCUCAACACGAUACGCAACAAUGAUCUGGAAGAUGAGCAGGACAUUACCUUGGCGAUCACCGGCCUAAACGGAUUGAGCUGGGCACUGCGAGAACUCAACAAACAGAUCGACGCCGUCAAUGGGAGACUCAGCAAAACCUUUGCCAAUGACCUGAAGCUCCUCCAGCAGAGCGUCGCUUUUACAUUACAAGAUGUCUGGACCAUCCUCGGAAGACUACCUCGUGUCGCCAUCGCCGCCGACUAUCAAGAUGCCUGGAAAGAACUUGUCCGAUAUUGCACGAACAUGGGAAAGCAGACCCUCGAUAUGCGAUUGAAGACGUAUGAAUUGUUUACAUGCUCGCUGUGUAAAGUUCUCCAGAGGCAAAGCUACAGUCGGGCCCAAUUCGACGACUUGCGCCACGACAUCUACGAACUGCAAUUGCUACUGCGCGAGGACAGAAGACUGCUCAAGGCAACGGGGGAUUUUGGCAGGCUUGAACUGGUCCCACCCAAGUCACACGAACGACCGAGGCCAGAGCCGCAGCGACCCAUGUCGCCCACCGCCUCCAACGACAGUUACGAGACCUUCCAGCACAAGUCAGCUCCCAGUCCGCCAUCUCUUUCCCCAGUUGCCACUCCCGCUUCUCCGGUGACGACCUUUUCCACGUUAAGUCGCUCUUCGAGUGUUGACCCAGAGACGAAACACUGGGCAACUAAGAUAUUCCACAACCUUCCCUGCACCGCCCUAGCCGAGGACCCCAACCUAUCCUGCUGUUUUGGAGAUGUGGACGGCAAGAGACAUCGACCGCCAGAUGCGGAAUACGAAAGAAUCCUCCAAUUGAAAUUCCCUGGCGGUCUCCGAACCAAGUUCUACUGGCGGCCCCACGACUACCGCAGCAAGAUUGUUUGCGAAUGGUACGACAACCGAAGGAAUCCGCGACUGUCCUGCUUUCCGCUCAGCGACUUGCACUUCGUGGCUCCAGUACCUGUUGGACUAGCCUCAACUUCACCUCGUACGAGUGGCUUGUCAUUUUCCACUGCACCGUGCUGUCAUUGCGAGCUCAUUGACACCACCUCGAGUUUCGGCAACCUCCACCAUGACCUCGAUGGCGAGGCACUGAAAUUCGCAGGGGCAAUCCGCGAUAGUGGUUACAGGCACGCCCUGCGGCUGUACCGUGAUAAGGGUACCGGCGCUAUUCGCCUCGAAGCCGCUGUCCUUGACAAGGAGAUGAAAGACACACCGAUCUGGACCGCAUUCAUAACGCACAAAAUCACAUCACCCACCUGGUGCCGUUGGUCCAAGAACAGUUCGACCGUGUACCUUGCGGAGCUCCAACGACAUGUAUUCACUUCUGAAUACUCGCCACAUGUUCGCGCGAACGGAGAGCAUUUCCUCGACUUCGAAUCCCUUUCAGAUGCAGAAGAUUUCGUAAAGACUCUCCGAGACUUGCGCGAGGACAUUCAUAAACCCAAGACGACGAAAUGA